AUGAAUCGUCGAGAUACAGAAAAUAAUUAUUACACUGAAAAAUAUGCAGAAUUCGGGAAACAAUUCACAACAAAUCGUUGGCCAAAAAUAAUUCUGAGUGAAAGGAUUAAACAGGAUAUUCUGAAAGUUUUUAACAUAUUUAGUAAACCAGGUGAAGGAACAAUAUCAAUUGAUGAUGUUCGUGUUGCAUUCAGAGCACUUGGUUAUGAUGCAAAACCUUAUGAAUUCGAAGAACUUCGAGAAAGAACACAAGAAUUUGAUUAUCAAGUAAAUUUUGGUGAAUUUCUAAAAUUAAUGGAAGAUAAAAUGCUCGCUGUUGAUAAUGACAUAGAUAUUGAAAAGUCAUUUGAGUUAUUAGAUACCGGAAAUAAAGGUUUUAUCGAUUUAAAUGAUUUAAGACUGGCUAUUAACAAGUUGGAUUAUGAAGAGCGAUUUCAUGAUGAAGAUUUAAUGGCCAUGCUGUUAGGUGGACAAAUGACUGAUCCAACAAAAGGAUUGAGUAAAGAAUAUGAAGAACGUCAAAGACUAGCCAGAAUUAGAUCAAAACAAAAACAACCAACUAUAACAACAACAAGUGGUGGUUUACACAACAACCCACUGAAUCCUGCAGCUCAGAAUGAAGAUUCCCCUUUGCCAGGCUUUACUCGAGCUAGACGUUUGUCAUCCAGUGGACAAAUGAGUCCAGAGAAGAUGGUGAUUAAUUUACAACAAUUUAAGCAUUUAAUGAAGAUGACAAGACCACCAGCUGAAGAUAUAACACUAAUGUAA